CUCAUGGUAGUCAACAGGCACGUCCAGUAAAUUAUCGCCUAGAUUUUUAGAGGGAAAAAAAAGGAGAAAAAAUAUAUUAUUAGAAAAACAAAAUAGUAAAACAUAACUCAAAAUCUGAAAAUACCGAUAAUAGCCUAAUAAUUCAGAGAUUUGUGAUAGAAUAGCUCUUCUGCAAGCUGCUACAUUCAACUGCCAAUACAUCUCCGAUGCUCUCUGUCAACUUUAACGGCCAUUUUCCAUAAUCGGCGACGUUAUACAAUUCAGUUUUAUAACACUUAAGCGAUUUCUGCUUCUUCGGGCGGAGCGGCGAUGGCCGGCGGUGGUCCGAGAAAUUAUUCGGCGAAUCCAAACGAUUACAAGCUUCUAGAAGAAGUCGGUUACGGAGCUAGUGCAACUGUUUAUAGAGCGAUCUAUCUUCCUUUCAAUGAAGUCAUCGCAGUCAAGUGCUUGGAUCUCGAUCGCUGUAAUAGCAAUCUGGAUGACAUUCGCAGGGAAGCUCAAACGAUGAGUUUGAUAGACCAUCCUAAUGUAAUAAAGUCAUUCUGUUCGUUUGUUGUUGAUAGCUACCUUUGGGUGGUGAUGCCCUUCAUGGCCGAGGGUUCUUGUCUGCAUCUCAUGAAGAUAGCAUAUCCAGAUGGAUUCGAAGAAUCCGCUAUUUGUUCUAUGUUGAAGGAAACUCUCAAGGCUUUGGAAUAUCUCCAUCGACAUGGGCACAUCCAUCGAGAUGUUAAGGCUGGGAAUAUAUUGCUGGAUACUAAUGGGAUAGUAAAGCUGGGGGACUUUGGUGUUUCAGCAUGCAUGUUUGACAGUGGUGAUAGACAGCGGUCUAGGAAUACCUUUGUAGGAACUCCGUGCUGGAUGGCACCAGAAGUUCUGCAGCCUGGAACUGGAUAUGAUUUCAAGGCUGACAUUUGGUCACUUGGAAUAACUGCCCUGGAGUUGGCUCAUGGUCAUGCACCAUUUUCAAAGUACCCUCCAAUGAAGGUUCUACUGAUGACAAUACAGAAUGCCCCUCCUGGACUUGAUUAUGACCGAGACAAAAAAUUCUCCAAGUCAUUCAAGGAAAUGGUUGCAAUGUGCUUGGUGAAAGAUCAAAAUAAAAGGCCAACCGCUGAGAAGUUGUUGAAGCAUUCUUUUUUCAAAAAUGCCAAGCCUCCAGAGCUUUCUGUAAAGAAACUUUUUGCUGACUUGCCACCACUUUGGCAUCGAGUUAAAGCUCUGCAGCUUAAAGAUGCUGCGCAGCUAGCUUUGAAGAAAAUGCCUUCUUCCGAGCAGGAAGCAUUGUCACAGAGUGAAUACCAACGGGGAGUUAGCGCCUGGAACUUUGAUCUGGAGGAUUUGAAGCUUCAAGCUUCACUGGUACAGGACGAUGACGAAAUACAAGAAAUUAAGGAAGAAGAUGAAGCCAUGAAAGCUUAUAUGAACUACAAGGAAAAAUCUAUUGCAUCACCAUAUGCUGGAAAACAGAUCCCGAGAAAAGAUCCGAUUGCCAGUGAGCAAGAAAGUGUUGGUGAAGUGCCAUUAGCUGAAUAUGAGAUCAAGAAUGGAAAAGAUCUGGAAAGUAGUCAACUGGAUUCUGAUCAUUGGGAGAAAAAUGGACUAAAGAAGAACGCAUCAAAAACAGAGUUGCCGCCCCUAACCUCUGAGAAGGAUGCUUUACCGGUCAAGAAUAGAACUCAAACCCCAAAAGCUCGUCAAAGUCAGAGUGGACCACUUAUGGCUGGUGUUGUACUAAGUCACUCGGCAUCAGAAAGAGCUCGGAACUCUGAAAGAAGUGAAAUUGAAAACCAACAACCAGGAGAUAAAGCUCAUCAAGUGCGAAGAGCACCCAGCUUUAGUGGCCCCUUAAUGCUUCCUAACCGAGCUUCAGGAAAUAGUUUAUCAGCUCCAAUUAAAUCAUCUGGGGGAUUCAAAGAUUCUUUGGAUGACAAGUCAAAGCCGAACUUGGUUCAAAUAAAAGGCCGUUUUUCUGUAACAUCGGAAAAUGUAGAUCUUGUGAAGGAUAUUCCGUUAUGUACAGUGCCUCGACGAUCUUCCCAAGGAUCACCACUUAGGAAGUCUGCUAGUGUUGGAGAAUGGCUGGUCGAAUCUAAACAGAUGCCACCCUGUCAACCACCGAAGGAUCUUGGCCUUAAUAAUGUUCCUGCUUCAGUUCUCAUGCCUCACCUACAAAAUCUUUUUCAACAGACGUCAAUCCAACAGGAUCUCAUUGUAAAUCUAUUGAGUAGCUUGCAACUAUCUGAGUCAGGAGAUUCUUCUCAAAAUGGAAAGUUACCUCCCCUACAGCGCCCAGAGAACAACGGAACUGUUGAAGCAGCUGUUUCUGAGAGGGAGAAGCUAUUGCUAGUCAAAAUAUCUGAGCUUCAGGCUAGGAUGAUUAAUUUGACAGAUGAAUUAACUGCAGAAAAAUUAAAAUACUGGCAGUUGCAACAGCGGUUAAAUGCCAUGUCAAAUUGCGGAGACGAUGGGGACAGAAGAGAAUUGGAAUCGUGAUGCCAAAUGAUACUUUUCAAGUGUAAAACACCGUGUAUAUUCAGGUUGAGGUAUAGGAAGAGGCAGGCUGUACUAUUCUUAUGUCGCUGAAUCAUGCGCUUGUCCUAGUUGAAUAGCUCAUGUGGAAGAAUCCAUCUCCAAGUGACAAUAAGCAAAAUAAUCAGUGGAUAGAUAAUUUCUUCAUUUGUUUGAUGAGUACGAGCUGAAAACAAGCUUUUUGUGCAGAUUCACGUCUUCCAAUCAAAGGGAUUAUUUAUUUAGAUAUAGAAGAUCGCGGAGAAGGCUCGGCGGGGAGAGGAAGGCAGAGGGUGGGGGUUGGGGAUUGAGUUCUGUCCAUUUUAAUUGUAGAUCCUUAGUUUAUGUUGUAAUCUGAAUUGCAAAAUUAAGUUGUAAUUUUGUAACAUAUAUCAAUCAAUGUGACCAUGAAUGUAUUCAAUAAUGCUUAUAGCUUCUCAAGCAUCCCUCAAGCUGGUCGAUGCCUGACAUAAUUUCAUUUCUCUCCUUUCUUAUUA